CUAUAUUAGCUGUGCAGAAAUGCCGGGGUCUCAGAUGAGCGCUGACCUCAACUUCGGCCUGAGAAAGAGAGAAAGCAGCACAGGUCUCUCUGUGUAGAGAGCAGAACUGGUACAGCAAACCAUGCUGCAAUCCAGGGCACUGGUGAUAGCUCUGAUCCUGCUCCUCAGCACCACUCCCCCAGAAGUCCAGUCAAAGUCCCUCUUUGAGAAAGACCGCCGUGACUUGCUGGCCAUCCCUGAGACAAUCGCAUCUUACAUCUAUGAAACUGUGAACAAGGUGUCCCCUAAAGUCGGUCAGUUCUUGUUGGAUACUGUCCAGAGUCCAUCAGUUACUGCGGCCAGACAGAGAAUCGCCAAAGAAGCAGUUAGAGUCAGUGUAAUGUUUGAACAGCUGAUGGAAAAAAUAAAGAGCCUGUGGUACACAAAAGUCCUAGGCUAUUAGCCAAACGAAGACAAGCCAGUGUUUCCUGAUGUGGGUGUGUAACACCGUGCAGUGUCCUCUGUCUCCCUGCCCCUCCUACGGACCAAGAUCAGUCAAUAAGACAGAAUCGAUGCUUCUCUUAAUGCCACUAAAGGGAACCCACCUUCAAAGACCAAAAGAUGGAAGGCAUCUGCUGAAGGCAUCUGCUGAAGCCUCCCCGGAAAAAAAAUCAUGCGGCUGGGCAUGGGGAGGGAAAUAUAGAGAUUGUAGAGCUCUUCUGUAGCCAAAUCUUGAAAAUUAAUUCCUGCUGAAUGGCUUGGUCAUUGCCCUUCUAAUAAAAAAAUAAUAUUGGUUGUUACACUUC